AUGAAAUUUGCCAAAGAGCUAGAACAGGAACUAGUUCCUGAAUGGCGGGCAAAGUAUCUCGACUACAAGACCGGCAAAAAGAAAGUCAAAGCCAUCACUCGGGCGCUCCAGAAGGCACACCGCAGUCCCCAUGUCUCGUCCAAUCGAUAUCCUACUCCCAACCUGCAAGGUCGCGCUGCAUCGCACUCUGCUCUCACGCCCUCCAAUACCGAUAAACAUCUCGAUGCUGCAGCAGACAAUUUCCAAUCAACACCACAGCGAAAUGGCGCCAACUCGCCAUCCAUAGCGCGCUCCACGCCAGUGCCCAGAACCGAGCGACAACCGCUUCGCACGCCAGGAUCGCGAUUUUCUGAAAAUGUUGGUAGUUAUGGAAGUAUACUAGCAACGCCACCCCCACCACACCAUACAGCAGGCUCAGACAUAGCCUCCUUUGAACUUCCGGACCCGGCACUUGACCCAGAUGAGGAUUAUCUGCCACACGAGGAUACUACAGACAGACCCAGACAUCUACGGACACCUUCACCUGUCAUGGAACGCCGUGGUAUAGGGAACGGUUCGCCCUCUCAUCCUAUUUCAGAGCCCUUGCCGGCCCAGAGGCCGCAAUUGGACCAACGCAUGAGCUAUCAAAGUCAGAUGGGUGACGCCUUGACAAAGGUGACGUCGGGCAACCGCACAUCACAGCUUCUGCGGCGCGUGUUCACAGCCGAGGGAGAGUCCGGCGGGAGACGAUCACAGUAUGAUUCUGGCGCUGGCGCCGAGUUCGAUAAACGCCAAGACGAGUUCUUCGAGUUCUUGGAUAGCGAGCUAGAGAAGAUCGAUUCAUUCUAUGUGAUGAAAGAGCAAGAGGCCACCGAGAAACUGCGGGUUCUUCGCCAGCAGUUACAUAUCAUGCGAGACCAGCGCAUCCAAGAGGUCCUGGCCGCUAAAAGAGCCGCCAAAAGUGACCACCCCCAGACACAGCAGCGACCAAAUGGAUUUGCAAAAAUCAAGAGUGCUCGAAUCAGGGAUACGCUUGGAGGGAAAAAUCGUUUCGGCAAGAACACGGAAGCACUGGCGCAGAUGGCCACUCCUGGCAUGCACCCCCAAGAUCGGGAAUUCAUUGCCAACCGGAGAGACUUUAUGCGGCGACAGGAUCCACAGAGCAAUGAAGUGCCCUACCGCUCUGCUAAGCGCAAGCUCAAGCAUGCAUUGCAGGAGUUCUACCGCGGAGUGGAACUGCUCAAAGGAUAUGCUUACUUGAAUCGAACGGCUUUCCGAAAGAUCAACAAGAAAUAUGAUAAAGCGGUUAAUGCCCGCCCACCGCUCCGGUAUAUGUCUGACAAGGUCAACAAAGCGUCCUUUGUACAGAGUGAGGUGAUUGAGAGCUUGAUGGUAGCGGUCGAAGACUUGUAUGCCCGUUACUUUGAGCGUGGUAAUCGCAAAAUCGCCGUCUCCAAGCUCCGUCACACAAUCAACAAAUCCGGUGAUUACUCACCAAACACUUUCCGCUCUGGUCUCUUGUUGAUGGGUGGGACUCUGUUUUCCAUCAAGGCCUUGGUCGAUGCUUCGGAAAACCUUCGCUCAGGUGAGGCCACUGAAAAAGUUCGGACCAGUUAUCUCCUCCAGAUAUAUGGUGGGUAUUUCCUCAUUGUGUUCCAUGUCUUGCUCUUCUGUUUGGAUUGUAUGAUCUGGACAAAGUCGAAGAUCAAUCAUGCAUUUGUUUUCGAAUACGAUACCAGACACACCCUGGAGUGGCGUCAGUUGCUGGAGAUUCCUGCUUUCUUCUUGUUCUUGAUGGGCCUAUUCAUGUGGCUCAACUUCUCAUGGUACAACCACAUGUAUAUCUACUGGCCUGUGGUCCUUAUUGGCUUGACGAUUAUAAUUGUUUUCUUGCCGGCCCGUGUCCUCUAUCACAGAAGCCGCAAGUGGUUCGCUUUUUCCAAUUGGCGCCUUUUGCUUGCCGGAAUUUACCCAGUCGAGUUUCGUGAUUUCUUCCUCGGCGACAUGUACUGUUCUCAAACAUAUGCCAUGGGGAACAUCGAGCUCUUCUUCUGUCUAUAUGCCUCGUACUGGGGCUACCCUCCUAAAUGCAACUCCUCCCACUCUCGGCUCUUGGGCUUCUUCCAAUGCCUUCCCUCUGUCUGGCGAGCUUUCCAGUGUAUUCGUCGAUACUUGGACACGAAGAACGCAUUCCCCCACCUCCUGAACUUGGGCAAGUACAUAUUUGGCGUCCUUUACUAUGCCACUCUCAGCAUGUACCGCAUCAACCUCCACACGCGGUUCCAAGCCGCAUUCAUCACCUUCGCUCUCUUGAACGCCGUCUACACCUCAGUAUGGGAUCUAAUCAUGGAUUGGAGUUUGGGUAAUCCUUACGCCAAGAACCCAAUGCUCCGUGAAGUCCUCGCCUUCCGUCGCGUAUGGGUAUACUACGCCGCAAUGCUGCUUGACGUGGUCGUCCGUUUCAACUGGAUCUUCUACGCUAUAUUUAUCACCAAUAUCCAGCAGUCCGCCUUGCUAAGCUUCAUGGUCGCCUUCUCAGAAGUCUGCCGUCGUGGCGUCUGGUCCAUUUUCCGCGUUGAAAACGAGCACUGCACAAACGUCCUCCUCUUCCGUGCUUCCCGUGAUGUCCCUCUCCCCUACGACAUUCCCUCCCCAGCACCUGCGCCCCUCGACGGCUCAGCGGAAGACGUCCAACUCCAAGACCAGCAACAGCACGUCUCAACACCCUUCAUGUCGCCCGGUGAUGUCGAGCACGGCACCCCGUCCAUGUCUAGUAUGCGCGCUCGCCACCGUCGUCCCUCGAUUACUAUUAGCCGAGUCGGCACGAUCGUGGCCUCAGCCCACGCCCAAGAUUUCGAGCGAAGACGUCAACCUAAUUUCCUAUCCAGCGCGAGUGUUGGACGGGAUAUGGCGCACCGCGCAGACGAUAGCACGGACGAAGACGACGAGGCGGAUCUCAGCACGGAUGAGGAUUCGAAGUCAGUGGCUGAAGGUCAACGGUCGAGGCCGGGCUCAGAGCGCAGGGAUACGAUGGGGAGAAUUCUUGAGUAG